AAUUUUCACUAGCUUGCUAAAGAAUAAACCGGAUUUACUUUUUAAAGAUAAAAAAUAAAAUCAUUUCGUACUAUCUUUCUAAACAUGAAGUAUCAUAUUUCUAGUUUGUUGGUUAUACUGAUUGUCUCACUUAAUCUAUAUAUAAACGGGAUAAAAUGCGAACAAGACGAAACAGACAUAGUUCCUAAUUUGAGAGCAGAUGAAUUCAACAGCCUCCUUAAGGAAAAAGAAUACGUUUUAGCUGAUUUUUAUGCCCCAUGGUGUAGCCAUUGCAAAAAGCUAAAUCCCGUCUAUAGCCAAUUAUACGAAGAUAUGAAAAAUAGAGCAAAUCUUGCAAUUGUAAAAAUUAAUACCGUAAUUGAAAAAGAUUUAAACAAUCAAUAUGAUAUUAAAGGCUAUCCGACUAUCAUUCUUUUCAGAAAUGGUGAGGUGUGUAUAGAGUAUAAUGGUGAACGCAAUGUGAACAGUAUGAAGAAGUGGCUAGUUGACAUUGUAGAUAAGAAUGUCAGUUUUAUUCAGCAAGAAUCGGAAUUUGAAAACUUUAUGAAUACAGCAAGUUCAGUUCAUCUUGUCUUUGUUGGAAGUGACGAAAAAUACUUAGACACGUUUAAAGCACACUGCCUGUCCUGUAAGUUAGUAGAUGGAGAUUGCGCCUACACGGAUUCCACAAAUGUUAGUAAAAAUCUAGAUAAAGAUAAUGCGACGUUUUUCUUUGAUAAAUAUAGCGUUCAUCGAUACCCUCAUGGAGAAAGUGAUACCCUUGAAAACUACCGAAAAUGGCUGGAUGAAUAUAGCCAACCAACUUUACAGAAAUUUGUCUUAGAACCAGAGUUUGUCCAAUCACUGGUUUCAAAAAAUAAGCCCAUUGUGAUCUACUUUCACAAGGACCCCAAUGAUCUCCAAAUCAUUAUUAACAUUUCCGAGAAGCUCAAAGAUCUUGCCAUUUUUACUGAAGCAAAAGCCGACUCCUUAGGUCCAGAUUUUCCAAAGAACUGGGGGGCUUCUGGAAAUGUAUACCCAUCUAUAAUAUUGGUCAUAAUGAAAGAAGAAAAUCAAAAUCCGUCCUUUUUAAACUGGGACGAGUCCGUCGAACUUACCGAGGAGACAGGUGGAGAUUGGCUUAAAAAAUGCAUUGUGGAUAAUGAAUGUGUAAUAUGGAAGAAAAGUGCGCCUAUUCCAGAUGUUGAUGUUGGUCCUGUCAAAACCAUAGUAUAUGAUAACUUCAAUGAAAUAAUGGAAGAUGAUAAUGUCUCUAUCUUUAUCAAAUAUUAUGUACCAUGGUGUGAGCACUGCAAAAAGCUGGAACCGGUUUUUAAGGAAUUGGCUGAGCGUUUGUCUGGUGUUUCUGACAAGCUUGUUUUAGGCGAAUACAAUUGCAACGAAAAUUACGUAGAUUUAUCUUUUGUCAAUAGAUAUCCAAUGUUGGCUUUAUACAAGCGUGGCGAUAAAUCAAACCCUAUUGUUUACGAAGGCGAACCGACCUUGGAUAAGAUGUAUGAAUGGCUUUUAUCUAGAGUAGGCGAUGUCUCCGAAAAUAAAGACGAAUUAUAGAACCAUUUAUUAGCCCGAUAAUUAUGAAAUACAUAGACAAAUAUAAUUCGCCAUGUUUAUCCGAUAUAAUGAGAAACAGCUGUUCUGCCUUAACAGUCAAAAUUUUACAGAUUCUCAAAACAUUGAAUUGUAAAAAAGUAUACAGGAGGAGAUGUCAUUGUCUAAACAUGCCUAAAUUGAUUGAAUGUUUCAAAUGUAAUGAUAAGUCAUUGAGACACAUGAUAUUUAGACCUAAUAUAUAAUUCCUAAUGAAAGACUAUAUAGUUACAGGUAGUCUAGAAUAUCAUUCAACCAAGAUACAUCUGCUUUUCGAUUAAUCAAUCAAAAGAGGAAUUAGAAAUUUAGGAAGAAAAUGUGAGUUGAAUUUCAAAGGACCAUGAUUAAUUGAACCUCCGUUACUUCACGACGACGAUCAAAUUUUAAUUUCAAUGGGCUGUGCAAAUUCUACCAAUAAAAACUUUAACAACAGAAUGUUCUCAAUAUUCAAUGCGUUAUGCUGGACAAGGUCAGUGAAGACCUUUGAUUUCAUGUAGUAUAGUGUGUAUGAAUAAUAAAAAAUUGCAAAACAGUCGA